AAGCCACAGUGUUAUAAAUUACAUAUUUAAGUCGUUAUUUCUAAGGGAUUUUGAGACAGUACGCACAUUUCACUCUUUGGGGAAUAAUCUGAUUUGUUUUCCGUCAAUAUCUGAGGGCAAAUCUACGUAAGCCUGCUGUAUAGUUGUAGCAAUGAAACUGAAAGUAAAACCCUAGCUGACCACGAAUGGAAAUUUUAAGGGACAGUGGUAAGAUCGUUGGAUAUAUAGAGUUAUUCUGGUCAUGCGAAUAAUUUUAAAACACGAUUUCAAUUGGUAGCUACUCUUAAUUCAGAUUGCAUAACGGUACGACCAAACGCGAAACGGUUUGUAUCGUGUAGAAUACAGUUGGGUCUACACGAACGAUUUGAAAAAGUGUUAGCUGUGUAAAGAAGCGUAAGGACAAGGCAUAGGUGAACGUUUCUUCGAUGGCUCACCCAAUCGCAUAUGUCAUUGUCCUCUGCUGUGACCUGACCCUCUGGCUAUCACUGUUAACAGGACUACUGUGGUUUGAAGGAACCUUUAGACUGGACUUGAUCUGGCUUUCGGCUUUCAGGACUCUCAGUUGGGUCGUACUUAAUGGAGCUAGUUCUGUGGUUGGGUACAAGAGUUCACGACCUCUGCUAAAGCACUGGGUAGCUUUGUUGUGUUUUUUGCCUGCUGCCUAUGAAACUGUACAAACACUAUUCUCGGGAACCCAACGGGGCUUCACUCCUGUGCCCACCCUAGGCAUGGUGGUCCUGAACGCAGUGGCUGCCACUCUGGUGUAUUUGGUGUGGGAGAAGGCAUUUCCAUCCAAUGGGUCACCUAAAAAGGAUGCAAAAAAUGAGAGAAAAGAUCAAGAGGCCAAGGCUCUCUUGCUGAGAGUGAUUCACUACUCCAAACCAGACUUCCUCUACCUGGGAGCUGCCUUCCUUUUUCUCAUAUUGGCAGCAUUAUUUGAAUCAUGUAUUCCAUACUAUGUGGGAAAAGUCACUGAUGUUUUGAGUGGAAAAUACAAGCAUGGGAAGUUCAAGUGGGCUAUCGGAUUCAUGUCACUGUACUCUUUUGGAAGUUCUAUGUUCACUGGCUUGCGAGGAGGCUUGUUCAUGUGUAGCCUAAGCAGACUCAAUAAGAGAAUACGACACUUGCUGUUCCAGAACCUGAUGAAACAGGAAAUCAGCUUCUUUGAGGAAAACAAACCAGGAAGCCUGACAUCACGGCUGGUUUCAGACACUGAUAAGAUGGGCCGCUCUGUUGCCAUGAACGUGAACAUCCUCCUGCGCAGCCUAGUAAAGACGUGUGGUAUGCUGGUCUCCAUGCUCAGCCUGUCCUGGCAGCUCACACUCCUCACGUGUGUGGAGAUGCCAAUCCUUGCUCUACUGCAGAACUACUAUAACAUCUUCUACCAGAAGACCUCCAGGGAGCUGCAAGACUGUAAGGCUGAGAUCGAGCAGCUGGCAUCAUCGGCCAUUGGAGCUGUGAGGACCGUGCGCAGCUUCAGGGCCGAGGCCCAGGAGCAGAAGGGCUAUGAGGAGGCCCUCAACAGGAAGCUCCAGAUCCAGAUACGCAAAGGCAUCUACAGUGCAGUGCACCUCCUUCUGCGCAGGUUUGUAACAGUGAGCUUGAGAGUGGCAAUGCUUCUUCUUGGCCACCAUCUCAUCUCCUCAGGCCAGCUAAGCAAUGGGAGCCUCCUGGCAUUUGUGCUGUAUCAGAAAGAAAUGGUGACCAGCAUGAAGCAUCUGGUGUUUGUCUAUGGAGAUAUACUGAAUACAGUGUGGUCAGCGGAGAAGGUAUUUCAGCUGCUAGACAGAAGGCCAAAAGUGAGAGAAGCAGGUGACUUGGUACCUAAAAAACUUGAGGGAAAACUCACCUUUGAAAAUGUUACCUUCUCUUAUCCUUGCCGUCCUAAUGAGAAAGCACUUAAGUCUGUGAAUCUAGAGCUGAGGGAGGGAAAGAUGACAGCCUUGGUGGGGCCAUCUGGUGGUGGGAAGAGUUCCUGUAUCAGUCUGCUGCAGAGAUUCUAUGAGCCUCAGGAAGGAGAGGUGCUACUGGAUGGUGUACCACUUCACCACUACCAACACCAGUACCUGCGCAACCAGAUGGCAGCUGUGUCCCAGAAUCCCGAGCUCUUCUCUGGCUCUGUGAGGUACAACAUUGAGUAUGGCUUACACGGCUGCACCAUGGAGAAGAUUAUGGAAGCAGCAAGGAGAGCCAGCAUAGAUGAAUUUGUCUGCAGAUUGGAACAAGGCUAUGACACAGAUGUUGGAGAAUGUGGCAAGCAGCUGUCUUCAGGACAAAAGCAGUGUAUUGCUCUAGCCAGAGCUUUGAUUAGACAUCCCAAAAUCCUCAUUCUGGAUGAAGCCACCAGUUACUUGGAUGCCAACACCCAGCAUGCAGUUCAGGAGACUCUCUCUGGCUCAGCAGGUCAGACAGUGCUGGUAGUGGCCCAUCGUCUGCAGACUAUAGAGAAAGCGGACCAUAUAAUCUUCAUGGAAAAUGGGAUGGUGAUGGAGCAAGGAACUCACGAACAUCUUAUGGCCAGAAGAAGGCGCUAUUACCAGCUUAGGGAAAAACUGUUUACACUAGAUUCUGACCAGCAAAACUGAAAUUUUGUUCACAUGUGUGGGAAUCAUCAGAUUCUGGAAAUAUUUUUAAAAUACUGUGUAGGAAGCCCUCUUGUUUGGCCUAAAUCAGUAUUAGAAAUUCAAGAGUUUGUAUUAUAUUGUUCAGGUCAGAAAAGUAUUGAUCAGAGGUUAGUAGUAGCUAGUUACAUUU